CCCCGCCCGGCCCCGCGGCCGCUGAGUUGCAGCUGGGUGUGGCCGGCUGGUCUGUGCUCCGCGGUGCGCUCUGCUGCGCACGGCUUCUCCGCGUUCGAGGGCCGGGUGAGCGCCUAGCGGACCCGGCAGCGCGCGGCCGACGCGGGCCUGAGCUCCUUAGUUGCUUUCCUUUGGUGAUCCCUGAAUUAAACAAAUUGAAAGGAUGAGUGAACUGGAACAGUUGAGGCAGGAAGCAGAGCAGCUGCGGAAUCAGAUCCAGGAUGCUAGGAAAGCAUGUAAUGAUGCAACACUUGUUCAGAUCACAUCAAAUAUGGACUCUGUGGGUCGAAUACAGAUGCGAACAAGACGUACGCUGAGGGGCCACCUCGCCAAAAUCUAUGCCAUGCACUGGGGAUAUGACUCAAGGCUCCUAGUCAGUGCUUCCCAAGAUGGAAAAUUAAUUAUUUGGGACAGCUAUACAACAAAUAAGAUGCAUGCUAUUCCCCUGCGGUCCUCCUGGGUGAUGACCUGUGCGUAUGCUCCUUCUGGAAACUAUGUUGCUUGUGGCGGCUUGGACAACAUCUGCUCUAUAUAUAACUUGAAGACCAGAGAGGGGAAUGUGAGGGUGAGCCGAGAGUUGCCGGGUCAUACAGGCUAUUUGUCCUGCUGUCGCUUUUUAGAUGACAGCCAAAUUGUUACAAGUUCAGGAGAUACAACCUGUGCUCUGUGGGACAUCGAAACCGCCCAGCAGACCACCACAUUCACUGGGCACUCUGGAGAUGUGAUGAGUCUCUCCCUGAGCCCUGACAUGCGGACUUUCGUUUCUGGUGCUUGUGACGCCUCUUCCAAGUUAUGGGACAUUCGAGAUGGGAUGUGCAGACAGUCCUUCACGGGCCAUGUCUCCGACAUUAAUGCCGUCAGUUUUUUCCCAAAUGGAUACGCUUUUGCUACUGGCUCCGACGAUGCUACCUGCCGGCUCUUUGACCUCCGUGCUGACCAAGAGUUGUUACUGUAUUCUCAUGACAACAUAAUCUGUGGGAUCACUUCUGUAGCUUUCUCAAAAAGUGGGCGCCUCCUGCUAGCUGGUUAUGAUGAUUUCAAUUGCAACGUGUGGGACACACUGAAAGGAGAUCGUGCAGGUGUCCUUGCUGGUCAUGACAACCGCGUGAGUUGUUUAGGUGUAACUGCUGAUGGCAUGGCUGUGGCAACAGGCUCCUGGGACAGUUUCCUUAGAAUCUGGAAUUAACAGUGCCAAGUAUUUUUUUCUGUUCUCCAUCAAUCUCUGGAGAAAUCAGUGCUACAGCCUAUAGCUGUGAAAACAAAUUCUACCUUGUAUUUGCAGGUGAAGAUUUUUCUAUUACUGUGUUAAAUACAAAAAGUUUUCAGUAAACUACAAAAAAAAAUGUGGAAGGAAAAACAAGGCAGGGUGCUUGCUGAGAUCAAAAGCACCAGGGUAUUCAUUAAUUUGAGGAGUUAGUUUAAUUUAACCUUGAUAAACUUUUGCUUGUACUGUUUUUUUUUUUAGACAAGAAUGUAUAUUUUAUAGCAGCUGCCCAUGGUGUUUGCUUUUUGUUAAGAACAUUUUAAAUUUUGUAUAUGUAAGAAAUGUUGUCUUUCAGUUUUGUAAUGCAAGAAUCAGCCCUCAUAAUAGAUGGAAGUGAUGAUAUGUGUGUGCUAUGUUUAAGGAAGUCCCCUUGAAUUUGGCAUUUCUUCAGAUCUAACCAAACACUUAAUGUUUAAGAGUAUCGUCAGGGUGGUGGUACACACCUGUAAUCCCAGCAUUCAAGAGACUGAGGCAAGAGGUUGCUAUGAGUUCAAGACCAGCCUGAACUACAUAGUGAGAUCCUGUCUCAAGAAAAAUAAAUAAAUUAAUAGUGUUGAUAGGUGAGGUACCUCUGAGAAAAGUCGUUAGUUUCUUAUGCAUCCUUUCCAUAUCAUCUUACACAAGUGUUCAUUUUCAGUCCUUUGAGCGGACAAAUAAUAUGAAUGCCAGAGAAAAAAGAUUACACUCUGACAUUUUGGACAUACCUAAGAAAUUUCAUUAGAAUUUAUUAUAUUAAUAAAACAUAAGUACCAGCAUAUAUAUAAUUCUUGGGUCUUUAAAAGCCUGGUCAUGGACCCGGGAUUUGGCUCAGUGGUUUCGCCGCCUGCUGCGCAAGCGGAAGGAUCUGAGUUCGAUCCCCGGCACCACAAGAGAGAAAACAAAAAAGAUUAGUACUAAAAGCCUGGUCAUGAUCAGUUGAAAUUUUUGUGUACCUUCAAACCGCUGGACUUGCCUGUUGACUUCAUAUUCUGGAACCAAGUUUGUAGAGUGUACUUACCUUUCAGAAGUUUGAUAACCAUCUGGGUUGUCUCUGCAUCUGAAGAAUCUUAUCUAGUGUUCUCUACUAGUAACAUCUAGACAGAAAAUACUGUGACAGCAGUAACUUUUUGAGAGAAAUGUAAAAUUUGACCCAUUUGCUAGCACUGAUUUGUUAUCAAUUCUAACAGGGUGGUUUUUAUGAAUUUUAUGUAAUAUAAAAUAAUUAUAUGGCCAGGAGUGGUGGCAUAUGCCUGUAAUCCCAGAACUUGGAAGGCUGAGGCAGGAGGAUUGCCAUGAGUUCAAGGCCAGCCUGAACUACACAGUGAGACCCUGAAAGAAAAAAAAAAAAUCUGCAUUUAUGUAAACUAAGCCCCCACCUUUCAUAAAGUGAAACAUUUAAGCUUUUUGCUCUCUUGUAAUCUUUCCUUCCCGCAAAAUACUGGUUUGUAUGUGGUUUUGCUUCAAAGAAUAUCUGAAUCUCAGUGACGCACCUUUAAAAGCCAAAUUCCUAAAGCAAAGGAGUCAGGAAUAUACCAAGACAUUCCUCCACUUGUCAGUGGUAUAAUAUCAGCUAUUACUAGAAUGUUCCCACCCCUCAAUUUAAACAAAAGAUACUUUUCCUCCCUGGUUUUCUCCUAGAAAUGUGACUGACAGAAUACUGUUAGUCUUGCUUGAUGUGAAGUCGUGUUAUUCUGAUAUAUAGAAGUGCAUUGUUCUGAUAUAAAGAAGUGCAUUGUUUUGUAACUUAGUAAACUGUUACUAUUCAGAUAACUUUUGAUCACCUAUAACCCUAAGCUAAAUACUUCUAAAUUUUACUUGUAAAUUUUCAUUUUUAUAUUGUAUAUAUGCUGAUAUUGUGCAUCAACAGUAGUAAAAGCAGUGUUGUUUAUAAAGGUCAGUUGAUAUUAGUACCUAAUUUUUUUUUUUUUUUUUUGGUACCGGGGAUCAAACUUGGGUCCUUGCGCUUGCACAGCAGGCGGCGAAACCACUGAGCCAAAUCCCUGGCCCUGGUCAGUUGAUAUUAGAAACAGAAUAAAAUGGAUAGAGGCAAUGUAGGACCAAAACAAAAUAUUGUAGAUGGCAGGUAUAAAUGUGUAUUUGUCCUUUGGUUAGGAGUUCUGUGAACUGUUGCUAUUAAUGUUUAUUUGUGAACUAUUUAUAUCACUUCAUAAAGAGCAGCUCUUUGAUAUAGGGCACAUUUUAAAAGAACAUAUUCAUUUCCAAAAAACAGGGUUCAGCAACUCAUUCCAAAAUCCAGUUCAAGAAAGCACUUCUGUUGUGUAAAUAACCACAGACAGAGACACACAGGCGUACACAUUUUUAUAUAUAUGGAGACAGUAUCUCUUGUUACUGUAAUAUACUUUCAAGAGGCACAAUACAGACUAGAAUUCUAUGGUCUUAACAUUUUAAAUGACAUUUUAUUAAAGUUUGUGUAAAGAGUUUAAAAUGAUUCCUAUAAUAUGCACACUAGGCAACUGAAAACUAACCACUGUUGAAUAUUGUGGCUAAUUGUACCUAGGACCAAUUGGUGGCAAACUUUUCACUACUGCAGUAAUUACCCUGCUAGUUAAACCUUUCUCUUCUAGUGAUAGGGAUUCCAGUUGCCAAGUAUAUUUACUUAGUUUGAGUUCUGCUGAUUGUCUAAUUCUGUUGUUGCACAUAAGACUUCCUGAAAUCAAUGAGUAAAUAAUUUUUUUUUGGUACCGAGCGUGGAACUCAGGAAUUCAUGCUUGCCUCGCAGGUGUAGCACCACUGAGCUAAAUCCCCAGCCCAAUGAGUAUAUAAUUUGUAUACACAUUGUGUAUAGUUUGGAUCUUAGAUUUUUCAAGAUUUAAAAAUAUGGCCAGAUUUAAGGAAUUUGCAUCACCAGGAAUAUUACAGUUUUCUGGUGCCUCUUAAUUUUUUCUUUACAUUUUAAGAAACAUUUAAACAUAGGCUGGGGAUGUAGCUCAGUAGUAUAGCACUUGCCAGACAAGUGUGAGGCCCUGGGUUAGGUCCCAACCACCACGAAACAAAAACAUUUAAACAUAAUGUGCCUCAGAAGAUUCUGUAUCAUGUCGAAAAUGAGUAAAUUUUGAGGUCUACCUUUUUUUUUGAGACAGGGUUCUGCCAUAUUGCCCAGGCUGGCCAGACAAUCCUGCUUCAGCCUCCAGAGGUGGAAACUAUGGAUAUGGACCACCACACCCAGCUCUGGCAAGAGUAUUUUUUUUUGGUACCAGGGAUAGAACUCGGGAUCUUGGGCUUGCGAGGCAGGUGCCGGAACUACUAAGCUAAAUCCCCGGCCCAGCAAGAGUAUUUUAAAGCCAUAUAUUCUUUUCUAAAACAUUAUCACCAUAUGGCUUGGUUAAUCAGCCCAGUCUGCUUACAAAAGCAGGUUCUGGUGUCAGCAAGCUUAUCUCCUCCGCUUUGAUAGGUCUCAUUUCCCUGAAAACAUGAUGUGAAUACUGGUAGAGUCAAACUAAGUUCUCUUCCUAGCUCAGAAUUUCAGUUGACACACCAGAUUGAAUUCCAGAUUCAUAGAGGCAAAGAUUUUGGCUCAGUAUGUCAACAGCAAGAAAGUCUGGUAAGCAGUUCAUUUUAAUUUAGACUUACACAAGCUGAUGCUGAUGAACGCAAGUAAACUAAUCUUGAAAUAAUGGAUAUAGAACUUCUGGAGUAUGUUAAGGAAGUUUAACCUGAGACUAAUGACAGACUUUUCUCCAGGCAACAAAAAAUAGAAUUUUUAUUGCUAAAAAAUAUUGUGGCAUUGUUAUAUAACCAACCUCCUCUAACCCUAGUGAUGUCUUAAAUACUUGUUAUAAAAGUGAAAAUGUUCAGGAAAAUUAUGAUUUGAUGUGAAUGUCAGAUUUAAAAUUAUAACAUUUAAUACUUGAAGCUUAAGGUUGGUUAGUUUAACUUAGAAAAAACUGAAUAAACAAUCCCUAAAUGUGCCUGUCAUUUUAGGAAUGAAUGUUCUUUCAAGAAUCUUUAGGGUAAGUCAGGCUUUUAAAAAAUACUUAAAAGCUAUAUUCAUCUCUUUUUCCUUUCUCUUUUACAAUUGUGGGAAGUAAAGUUUAAAACUAUGUCUGAUCUCGUUACAAUUUUAAAAACCAUCUCAUCUUUUUAAUUUUUUUUGGUACCAAGGAUUGAACUCAGGACCUUGUGCUUGCCAGGCAAGCGCAGCACCACUGAGCGACAUUCCUGGCCCUCUUUUUAAUUUUUUUAACGUCAUCUUUUUUCUGAGAAAGAGAAGCACAAUAAAUAAAACUUAUCUUAAAUUGGAUUAAGCAGAAUUCAGAUUUACUAGUUUUGUUCAUCAUGCGUUGCCUCAAAUUCGGUGCUGUAUUUUAAGUAUGGGUUACAAUAGGCAUUCGAUAAAAUGGUUUGUUGAACAUCUAAGUUACCGCAUUUUUGUUUCAAAAAUUUAUUAAUCACAGAUUGAUGGUGCACCUUGUAUUUAGCCAAGAUUUUUGCAUGUUGAUAAAAUUUCCUGAAAGAAUUUUUUUCUUAAAAUCCAGUGACUGGGGCCAGGGAUUUAGCUUAGUGGUUCCGCCACCUGCCCUGCAAGUGCAAGGACCACGAGUUCGAUCCGCGGUACCCAAACAAACAAACAAAAUCCAGUGACUCGUUUUGUAAAAUAUGGUAUAGUGCAGCAUUAUGGGGGAAAAAAAACCUAUUGUUUAAACUGUAAUAAAUGUACUCAUCAAAACUGACAUAAUACAGUAUUUUUAAAUUAAUAGUUCAGUGAUGCAUAUGGUAGAGUAUUUCAGGCUUUUUGUCUUUUACACAGUGGUGCUCUAUCCAAUUGUUUUCUUUUCAAAGAAGCAUCUGAGCAAUUACAUUUUCUUAUCCAAAGGCAUCCAUAGCUAAGUGUGUCUUUAAAGUUGGUUAAAAUAUUUUCCUGUUAAGGCAUUCUGAAAAUAUUUCUGUUCACUUAGUUUCUAUACACUUGUAGCCAAGUGACUAUGAAUGUCAGUACUGUGUCUGAUAAUGGAAAAAGUAAACAUGCUAGAUUAAACUCUUAUAUGAGCUUUAAACCAUACAAACUUUGGACUUGUGCCAUGAUUUAACAGUAUUCUUGGAUCUUUUACAGCAAUUCCUUUAUUUGUACAGUUCCUUUGUGAAAUAUGUGAAUUGAUAAUUAUAAUCAAUAAAGUGCUUUUAACCAGAGUUCUUGCAGCCUGCUUUAAUAAGGAUUUAUUUUUAAAAUUAAGUCCUAGAGCUAAACUCAUUAAGUCCAGUAUUUCAUACUCAACCCUAAUUCCUUUAAACAUUGGAGAAUUUUUUUCCAUGAAAAAUGAGUUGCAAGAGCAAAGAAGACACUGAAGUGCUACUACUGACCUCUCUAUCCUUUAGCAUUAUACACUUCUAGCUUAUUGUUAAAAGGCCACAGAUUUUCAUUCAAAAUCAAAUGACCCACGCCGGGGAUGUAGCUCAGUGGUGCUGUGUGUCUGGCAAGCGAGCGCAAAGAACUGAGUUUGAUUUCCGGUACCAAAAAAAAUGAAAAGGGCUGGGGAUUUAGCUCAGUGGUUCCACCAACUGCCUCACAAGCAGAAGGACCAGAGUUCAAUUCCCGGUACCAAAAAACAAAACAAAACAAAAAAAUGAAAAGAAAAAGGAAAAAUGGAAACAAAAGCAAAUGACCUCUUCCCUUGUAGCUCCUUUAGGAUAAUCUAUUUCCCUUUUAAUUUUUAAUAACCAAUUCUUCUUACAGUAUUGAUUUAAAAGUUUUUACUUUUAUUUCAUUACAACCUUAAGGGAAAAUCAGAGAAGAAAUUUAAGAAAACAGAUUUAUAUUCGAUUUGUCUGGGUAAGAAUAGUUGGUUAAGUACCUGUAAACUGUGUAUGUAAUGUGGAAAACUUCUCAGCAUAUGGUGGUCUACAGCAUCUUUCUCACCCUUUCGUAGUUGGCUAGGGGAACUAAACAACAGAAUGGUAAUGCAGUCAUAAGAGCCAGUUAACUCAAGACUGUCUGUGUGCCUACUAUACAAAUGAUUAAGAGUGAAGGAUCAGAGCUCGGUUCUGCUGCCUGCCUCGCAGGCACGGGGUACUGAGUUUGAUCCCCAGUACCAAAAAAAUAAAAAAGAGUGAAGGAUCAGAACUCACUAAAUACUAGUAUAAAUGCUGCAUUCAUCAACUAUCUGGCAAAUAAGUUUUAUUUUCACCUUGUAAGCUUGCAUACUUAAAAAUGUUUUGCAAAAACUUUAAGAUUAUACAAAGUUUAUAAAUAAUACUGCAAACAUACAUAAUAAUCAAGUGUAUGUGUAAUAACUGAAUUACAUCAUAGUUACAUAAUUUCUGUGUAAGUCAUGGACAUAUAGGUGCACUUCUGUCCAGGUAGAAGUAAGAGAGACUUCUUAUUAUGUUAGUGUUCCAUUCCCAACUUCCACACAUUUUCAAACUUGAUCAGGUAGAAUAGCAUUCCAGAGGGCCGGGGAUUUAUCUCAGUGGCAUGACACCUACCUGGCAAACACAAGGUCCUGAGUCUGAUCCCUGGUACCGAAAAAAGAAAAAAAAUACUAUACCAGAAACACGGUACCAGUGUUCCCAAACUGCAGUGCAUAUCAGGAUCACCUAUAAGGCUCGUUAAAACGUUGCCAGGCCUGAAACCUGGAGUUUCUGAUUCCUUAGGUCUAGGUUGAGACCUCAGAACCUGCAUUUCUUACAGGUUCAAAAGCAGUGAUGGUGAUAAUCCAGGGAUCAUACUAUAAGAACCACUGUACUGUACUGAGGGGAUAACCAGAGCUCAAGUACUUUCACAUAACUUGUAACUGAAAUUGAUGCAGUACCCAGUGUCAAGACGCUAGCUUUUGGUGUAUUAUCGAUGGCCUGUCCCAAUUUUGGCUUAUAUAUAUCAACAAUAAAAGUUAAAAACCAAGUCAUUUGUAUUUAAAUUUGAAUACUGUACCCAAAUGUCUGAUUUGCAUAAAAAUAUAAGCAUUUUUUAAAAGCUC